AUGUCCCAAGAUUCAGUCAGAUACAACUAUGAAAGACAUAUAACCCAAAAGAUUGUCCAACUAGUGUUGGUGGGAGAAAUCGAAGCCCAUUACAAAGAUAUCGGUGAAUAUGCUCAAACUGUAUUUAAUCACCCAGUUUCCCAGUCCACCAUGGCCAACUGGUUUAAAGAUGCAGGAGUUACACUGGCGUCAAUUCGAAAUGGAACUGAAAAAUCUAUUGAGACACAUUGUCAAUCUAAUAACAACAUGGUAGACUAUUUCCUCAGAGCCCCAGGUGUUUUCCGAACAAGUUCCAAUGUCGACCUAGAUUUCAUGAAGGAUAUAAUAUAUAUUGUCCUUGCAAGAAUACUUUCAGGUCACAAACUAUCAAUCAAAAUCCUUUUAGAUGUGAAAUAUCAUAUGACCAAUGUUUUCUACGACCAAAAGGAACUUGAGAAAAAAUGCAAAAAGUUUGCUUUGACUUAUAGAUUACCUGAUGUUGAUCUUGGAAUAAUCACCUAUGAACAAUAUCUACAGGAUGUUUUUACAAAUUUCCCUUCUUUAAAACCUUAA